CUCUGUCCAUUGUUUGGGUGAGUUGGGUUUGAUAACACGGGGGCCGAGUUGGUGCAUAUGAUCAGUGGAGCAGCUGCAGAGCACGACACAAGUCUUCACGUCACCUCCUCAACGCAUCCUGGCAGACAUGGGUUGCUAUGAGUGCUGUAUGCGUUGCCUGGGUGGGAUACCAUACUGCUCUCUGGUCGCCACACUGCUCUGCUUCUCCGGCAUCGCCCUCUUCUGUGGAUGUGGACACCAGGCGCUCACAGAGACCGAAAGGCUCAUCGAGACCUACUUUGCUCGUAACCUGCAGGAUUACAUCACACUUGCUUACAUCAUUCAGUAUUUCCAGUACUUCAUCUACGGUUUGGCCUCGUUUUUCUUCCUCUACUGCAUCAUGCUGCUGGCAGAAGGCUUCUACACCACCAGCAUCGCCAACCAAACCUUCGGGGAGUUCCGAAGCACCAUGUGUGGCCGCUGCCUCAGCUCCACGUUUAUAGUGAUGACGUACGUGCUGUCUCUGCUGUGGCUAUUGGUGUUCGCCUUGUCCACUCUGCCCGUCUACUUCUUCUACAACAUGGGGGCCACCUGCGACACCAUCGACGUCCUGACCGAGACCCCAGCGAGCAUCAACCAGCUGUGUGUGGAUGCGAGGCAAUACGGGCUCCUGCCGUGGAACGCCGUCCCGGGAAAAGCUUGUGGAAUAACUCUGUCCACCGUUUGCAAGACAAGAGAGUACCGAAUAACCUACGACCUCUACAUUGCCGCCUUCGUCGGCGCGGGCGUCACCCUCAUGGCUCUGCUGACCUAUACGGUGUCAACCACCUAUAACUUUGCGGUGCUGCGCUAUCUGGGGAGGAAAGGCAUAGGUGCACGUUGUUAGGCUUGCCAGCAAGCUUCCUGUCUGUCCACAACACAGGGGAUUUUGAGGAACUGCAGACAUUUUUUUCCUUUUCAUCACUUGUGCCUGUGUGCACAACUUUUGGGUGUUUUCACGGUAACGGACUUUCAAAACCUUUUUUUCUUUUUUCCUAUCUGACACUUUGUGUUUUACUUUUCUAUGAAGGAUGCUUCAGUUUUAUUCCAAUGCCACUUCACUAAUCUAUUUUUAUGUUGAUUUUAGAGGGUUUUCUUCUUCUUUUUUUUUUUUACUUCCUAGUGGUAACCUUCUAAAAACAAUUGAGUCAAUAAUAACCCAAGAGGGAUCAAAAAGGGGUCGACGUUUUUUGGGUUACUGCGCAUCCUUGCUGUUCGUGUGGGCUGCGGAUCAGUGUAUAAUUGAUGCGAAUUGAUUGAUUUAUUUAUUUUUUUUAACCCCAAAUUUUUAAAAAAAUACUGAAAAACAACAUAUGUAUAAAAUUAUCCUCAUCCUCUUAAAAUGCUGACCUGAAUUAUAUCUUGACAAAACUUAGUAAAAAAAGGUUUGCCUUAAAAUCUUCUUUCCAAGAUGCUGGACAAAAUAUCAUUUUAAGAGGGUGACUAUAAUGAAACAAAUGUGGGAAUCUUCACGUGUCAAACUAUAAGAAUGCAAAAUGUAUUCAUUUACAGUAACCGCAAAAGUUGGGUUAAAAUGAAUAACAAAUAAAAGCAAUUUACAAUAUUUACCAAACCCAAUUUACAAAAAAUCCCCAAAAUUGGGUCAAAGGAAUAACCCAAAUAGUAUGUCCGGCGCAUUCUUGACCCAUAUUGGGUUAUUUCCAACCCAACUGUUUUUACUGUGCAAUGUCGAUUUUUGCUUCCUACUAUUCUCCAAACAAGCUAAAAAAAAUAAAAUAAAAGCAUUAAUAAAUUAACAUGUACUAAAUAGCCAAUUUGUAACAUGUGCAGCAGACAAUGGGGAUUAUGGGUAAUCUACCAUUCCCCACAUCUGGUUGCCAUGGUGGCAGGCAAACGCGUAUUUGUCCAUCUCGGGACUUUUCUCACGAGCGGCCCCAACAAUGGGUUCGGUUCGUUUUGCAAUUAUGGCCAAUGAGAAGCGGGUUUAGGGGCCAGCUGUCUCUACCGGGGGUCAUGUGUCAAGGAGACAGGGUGGCGUUGCUAAAGUGUCAAUGGGAAUUCUCUGAGACAGCAACCAUGACCUCUCCACCUCCCGUUGAACAAUGGAAAUGAUGGAUGGAGUGUGAGCUGGCUAAAGGAAUUUUAGAUGAUUUUGUUGUUCUCUUCUCACAACAAAAGACAGUCUUUUUAAGUUUGAUCGAGUACGGUCUGAAAUUGUUUCUCAUACUUGUGAGAUGGCGAAAGUGCUUACUUAGCGAAUAACCUCACUGGACUAAAAUCGCUUUGGGGAUGACUCCGUUUUAAAGCUGCAGUAGAAAUCAUACAUUUCUUAUCAUUUAUAUAAACACAACCAUUUAAUAAACACAAGUAAUGAAUUAAUUCAUAUGACCAUAGUAUCAGAUUUAUUCAUAAAGGUUUUGGUCUAAUGGGUUAAGUCUAUACUAAAAAUAAGAUCAAACAAAUUAUGAAAGUUUAUUGACUUCAAUCAACUACUUUUAGACAUUCACUAAGACAAUUUUACUAAAUCAGUGUAAAAUUGACUCGCAGCAAUACAUCGUAAAUCAGAUCACAGCAAUAAUUCAAACAAAUCUUCUCUUUAAAUAAUCAAGUUUCAUCAAACAAUUGUAUGUAGACGUGGAGCGAGCGUAUUUAGACAUAAAAUAAAUGAAUAUAGAUAUACUGUUUAUCAGAUUUUUUUUUUCUUAAUUUUCAUAUUUCACCCUUCACAAUUUGAAAGUUGAAUUCUACUACAUUGCAAUGUCAAUUUGAAUUUGAUUCAUUGUUCAGCGCUAAUGGACACGGCUGGCUAACAGAAAAACAAAUUAUAUUUUCUGCUCGUCUUCUAUCAAGAUAUUAAUGAGUCAUUUUAUUCAAUGGGGUCUUUUCAAUUUGCAGUCACUCUCAUUCUCAAGGAAUUUUCUUGUAGUUAUUGUAUAACAAUUUUUAUUACUCAUUGAGGCAGUAUUAACUUUUAGACUUUUUUUUGUAAACAACAUAUUUUAUUUUGGUAGUUGUAGAGCAUUUGUCGAGUGGCUGUUUAAUUCACUUUUUUUCUGUUGGUGAUAUUUGAUAAUAAAAGGAAGAUUCCAGAUUUUGCGCAGAGUGCCUGAAAGAUUGAUUUACCUUACAAAAACACUCCAUCCUUGGCUUCCUGACAUGUUGCGUGAUGCCCAUGUAGAGUU